UACAACAAAUAAAAAUUACAGUUUUUGUGGUUGUUUAUUUCUUUAUGGACAAUAGACUUAUUUUGAUUAAUUGUAAUUGCCUUAUUUUUUCUCAUUAAAAUCCUUAAAGUGUAGUUUGUAAUCCAUGAACCAUGAUAUUACAAUAAAUCAUUUGAAAAAUCGUGAUACUUUACGUUUUCAGAAGUCGCGUUAUGGAAUAUUUCACAAAGUUUCCGACUCCAAGCAAUGGAUUUCCAGAUUGAUGCGACCUGCCUCAGACAGAGGCAGUUACCAUGGCGACGGGUCGGAAACUGGGACUUUGACAUCUAGAUCCAGUGAGCGCUUUGGUAUCGAUGUUAAUCCCUUCCAAAGGAAAGAGUUUCCUAUCCGCAUGCAUGUUGAGGAAUUCGUCCAAAGAUUUCGGGAUAUAUCGUUUAGUCCAAACGUGUCAACCGGGCCGUCGGUUGACGCGUGUGAACGGAUACUCUCUGACGCUGGUAUCAAUGGAUAUGCCAUAGCACAGGGGAAGGUACUUCUUCGACAUUGGCAUGGGCCAGUUCUACAGGAAAUUGUGGCGGAAAGGAAGCAGAUGAUGGCGUCUGCGCAUGGACCGUAUGGGAUGGAGGAUGGCAUCGUUGACCUUGACGAUGCGACGCAAGUAUCUAUUAAUAGCCAAAGAAGACCUAUGUUGGAAGCAAUGGCAGACGCUAGAUCUGCUACGUCAUCAUCCUUCAAACACGAAAACACUAUGACGUCAUCAACAGCUUCACACAGUAGAGUGGCUGAAUGGAUGCAGCAGCAGGAUCACGUGACUUCAGACGUCUCAAUCCCCGCGCCUGUCUAUAGUCUCACUCCGCCGCCAUUGUUUUCGAAGAAAAAUAGUCAUGUCCGAAUAAAACUGCCAGGGAAGGAAGACUCACUACUUGACAUGCGAUUAUGGGAUAGAUUCCAGAUGAUCCCGCGAGAACGUGUUUCUACCAGCGACACCUUUCGGCCAUUCCUGCGAGCAUUUAAGAUUUUCUGUUACGUGCUAUUCUUCUGUGUUGUCAUGGGGUCAGCGAUCGUCAGUAAACUGUGUAUUCUCCUCAUGUCGUCCAGUAUUCUCAAGGAUAAGAAGGCACUGAGGGAGUCCGACAGUCCCACCAACACCAUGCUUGUCAUUGCUAUUUGUUUCCCGUAUAUCGUAUGGAUGUUCAGUUUUUCAGCCAAGUCAUUGUUUGGGAGUAACUCAUGGCCUUCCUUCAAAACCGUAGUCAUCACGUUGUUUAUGGAGCUUCUUCAUUCCUUCGGACUAUGUCUCAUGGUAUUUCACAUUCUCCCCAGAAUGGACAUGGCUCGGGGACUGCUUCAAUUCUGUGGAAUUUGUACGAUUCCUGCAUUUUUGAAAACGAUAACCAUAGCAACCGACAAAUCUAGGCCUACCAUGAAGCGUUUUACACUGACAUUUAUCAACAGCCUCGCUUUCGUUAUACAACUGUGCAAUCUCGCAGCGUCUACUAUGUUCAGUAACCCUCUAAAUGAGACAGAAAGGAACCAACUCCAAAGGGACGUAAUUUAUGAUCCGGAUAUUCUGCACACUAUCGGACGGCCUGUACCUAAAUUUGAAAACCGUUAUAUGUGGGAAAUACCUGUUGCUUUAUUUUUUAUUUCUAUCACGUACUGGGAAAAUUUCGUUGAGAGUGAUUUAUCAAUAUGCACAUUUAACAUACCAUUCCUUCAAUGGAAACGACGACUGAAUUCUGUCCGAGAAAGACUGUACAUUUUUGUUGGGAUAUGGAAGACUGGCUGGACUCUGCUGUUUGCAGCCCUUUUGCUUCCAGGCUUUUCCUUCAACAUCGAAUUUUCUACAUCAGGGUCACAUCAGAAUGGUGUUGACGUAGGACUCUCAGCGACAGCAGCAAAAGUCGUCCCUGGUAUAGAAGUCACCUCUAGACCGCAGACAACAGCACCACUACCGGGAGGAAGUCAUCAAAACCCUAUUGUGAAACGGGCAAUAUCUGAUCAAAUACACUUAAAAGGUGUAAGUGCAGUUCUUAAUUUAACUGAUGAUAAUCUGAAGGGGCGAACUCCGAAAUUCAGACCACGACCUCGUCCCGUGCCAUCAACUUCUCCACCUACCACAACAACUACUCCAGCCACAAACGGAAGUAGCCAUGCCAGUUACAAUUUACAACUUCCGGAAUCCGUAAAGAGAAAUUUCCAACGUUACGCGCCCUUAUAUCUUCAGCUCCUGUGUAGCGCUGUGCUGUCAUAUUUUGGUAGUCUGGCCUGUAAAUUGUGUAUGCAGGUUAUAGGUUUUACAUUACCGUUGUUCAUGGCCACACCCAUAACGCUUGGUAUCAUUAUAGUGCAAUGUUAUACCAAGUUUAUCCCAUCAUAUCUGUACAUUUGGUUGUGUCCGGAAAUGUCCGGAGAAAUCCGAAUGUUCCAUCUCAUAUGGUUCGGUGUCCUUUGGGUAUCACAAAUCAUUCUGACGUCACACAUCUGGUUUCCACGAAACGGAAGGAUGGCCAAGAUAGACAGGCUGUUUGUGAUGCCUAUCCGAUGUGGGAUUCUCACCGACCAGUCGCUAAUGUUGCGUCGGAGAACCAACGAUCGGGACUCCGCCCUUUUCAGUUCCGAUGAUGACGUAUCCACACUAUACGAUGACGAAGAGAUUCAUAGGGCCGACGAUGUCGUACCACAGAUCUACGCAUGCGCGACCAUGUGGCAUGAAACGAGAUGCGAAAUGACCCAGUUACUGAAAUCCUUAUUCAGAAUGGACAUUGAUCACAGUGCACGCUUUCUGGCUCAAAAGUUUUACGGCAUACGAGACCCGGAUUACUACGAAUUUGAAGCGCACGUGUUUUUCGAUGACGCUAUGGAGCUAUCCGAUGACGACAAGCUCGUACCGAACAGCUUUGUAGCGGAGCUGAUGGACUGUAUAGAUGACGCUAUCAGUUCUGUCCAUGAGCGCCAGAUGACCCUCGCCCCACCAGUGCGCACACCGACCCCUUACGGUGGCCGAAUGGCAUGGAAAUUACCUGGAGGUACGCGGCUCGUCGUCCACCUGAAGGAUAAACACAAAAUAAGACAUAAGAAGCGUUGGUCACAGGUUAUGUAUAUGUACUACCUUCUCGGCUACCGGAUCCUUGCGCAACCUGAGAACCUCAUCCAUCGCGACGUUUCCGGGUCGACGAAUACACAGGAGAAUGACUCUGACACCCAUCGCGUCAAACUCACCGAGACACAGCUUCGACAUCGUCGUCAGUCGUCACACUUCACACGUAGUGUCAUCUUCAACUACGUCAGCGAUGAAGUCCACACACAGGCGGAGAACACUUUCAUUCUGACCUUGGAUGGUGAUGUAGAUUUCAAACCUGAUGCGGUGCGCCUCCUUGUGGACAGACUAAAAAAAAAUAAGAAAGUUGGUGCAGCUUGCGGACGUAUCCAUCCGGUUGGAUCAGGUCCAAUUAUGUGGUAUCAGGAAUUCGAGUACGCUAUAGGUCACUGGCUACAGAAGGCUACUGAACACGUGUUUGGGUGUGUUCUUUGUGCCCCCGGGUGCUUCAGUUUGUUCCGGGGGUCAGCCCUAAUGGACGAUAAUGUGGCACGGACUUACGCCAUCCGUACGACAGAGGCGGGGCAGUACGUGCAGUAUGACCAAGGCGAAGAUCGCUGGCUGAGCACUCUACUACUCCAACAAGGCUAUCGUAUUGACUACUGCGCAGCUGCCGAUGCAUUGACGCAUGCGCCUGAGACAUUUUCGGAAUUUUUUAAUCAGCGACGACGAUGGGGACCUUCAACUCUGGCAAAUGUCAUCGACCUUCUCGGAGACUGGAAGAACACAGUCAGGUUGAACGAUAACAUAAGUACACCGUAUGUUUUGUACCAGUUCCUUCUCCUUGUCUCGACCUUGCUGGGGCCUGCAACUGUGCUUCUGAUGAUGGCUGGAGCGUUCUCUGUUGUCUUCAAAACAAGCGUCGUCCAAUCUUAUGCACUGUCUCUAAUACCUCCAAUCGCAUUCAUCGUGCUGUGCAUAUACGCAAAGCCGACCACACAAGUUACCAUAGCAACAAUCAUGAGCGCAUGCUAUGCUAUAAUAAUGACCAUUGUGCUGAUAGGAACUAUUGGGACAGCAAUUGAUGGUUCACUGACCAGUCCGAACGUCGUCUUCCUUCUCAUUCUCGUCAUUAUUUUCUUUGUUGCUGCCUUAAUGCAUCCAGAGGAGUUUGCCUGUGUUAUACCUGGUGCGUUAUAUUUUAUAUGCAUACCAACAGGAUAUUUAGUGCUUACCAUUUACUAUCUUUGUAAUCUUCACAUUGUCUCUUGGGGUACAAGGGAACUUCCCAUGCGGAAAUCUAAGGAAGAACUCCUUGAGGAGAAGAAUGCGUUGGAGGAGAAACGUCUGAAGCGUCAAAGGAAAGGCAUCUUAGGUUGGCUAGGUUUGGAUAGUAUUUUGAACGAAACAGCCGAUAUGUUCCGACAAUUACGCCAGGCUACUCUAGUACCUAAGCCGGAUAGUAAAUCCAAAACGGAUGAACUUCUAGAAGAGCUCGUAUUCGAGUUGCGGCAGAGUCGCGACUUAAAGGCACCGCCGAGACACCGCUCCUACCCAACAAUGACAACCACCGGUAAUACAGACACUAAGCUACUAAAACAAGAAAGCUUCAACGAAGUGCAAGGUCCCAAGCUAGAAACCAUGGAUGCAAAAUUGGAUUCUACCGAUAAAAUCCCUUUGUGGAUGAAAAAUGAGGACCCUGAGAACCCUGGAUGGCUGAAGGAUUGUGUUUGUGGGGACGGACCGAUAAAGAGGAUGGACCAUCGUGAGAUGUUAUUUUGGGAUCAACUUCUGAAGAGGUAUCUUCAUCCGAUAGUUGAGGACAAAAUUCACCAGGAAAAGGUUGCAGCUGACUUAAAGAAUCUCCGAAAUAAUGUUGUGUUUGGAUUUUUCAUGACGAGUGCUCUGUGGAUUGCAUUGACGAUGCAAUUACAGCUGCUGCAAGACGAGUUUAAAGAUACUGCUCUAUUCAUUAAAAUUCCACAUUACAAUCCUUUGAAAAAGGAUCUAACAUUUGAACCUCUCGGUAUGUUCUUUCUCGGAUUAUUCGGCGCCAUUUUGGUUUUUCAAUUCAUUGGCAUGCUGUCCCACAGAUGGGGUACAAUUCUGCAUGUUCUUUCGAUCACUGACGUGUCAUGCAGUAAAAAGUUCACAGAGAAAUACAAGAUCCAGGAAAUCAUAAUGAAGACAAUGGAACUUCAAAGGGUUAUAAAUAUCGAAAAUGAACCGGAGCCAGACUACGAUGAUCCCAUCGCAGAUUAUGAGGAAGAGGAUAUGGACGAGGACGAUGAAAUGUCAUCUAAUAUGUAUACUGACACGUUAUCUAGUGCCUCGAGCACGGCACACCCACCUUCUUAUCACUCACAAGACUGCCAGAACAAGAAAGCUGCCCUUCGAAGACGGAAUAGCGCUAUCUUCAACAAACGAGGUUUCUCCACAGGCAGGACGUUGAGGAGGGCUUUUGAACGACGCUUUAGGAACCAGUUGAAACGCGAAAGAAGUGGUGAAACACAAGCAACAGCUGAUUCUAUGAUCAACAUUCACAGGACAGUAGAAAUGUCAGAGAGUGUGUAAAACACUCGUUAUUUUUGCUUCUCUUUCCUGCGAAGUAAACACUCUUCCGGAGUGAUGAACUUAUAUUUAGAAUUCUUAACGCUUGUUACUUGAAAUAUUAUCUGGGCCCAGUUGUUCAAAAGGUGAUUAGCUUAAUCACUUCAUUAGUGAAAAUCUCAUUUCUCCUUUAAUUCAAAACCUAUUCUUUAAAAUAGACAAGGAGGGAGAAAUUGGUGAGUGUUAUCGUUUCAUGAAAUUACGUUAACUUUGUUUUACCAGAAAUGAUGUUACCAGUAUUUUGAAAUUGUUGUGAAACCGUGAUUAGCCAAAUUACCUUUCGAACAACUGAGCCCAGCUGAUGUCAUUAAUUCAUUCAAUUUGCAAUAACCUCGAAUAUAACAUGACUGCAAAAUAAGCGAUAAAUGAUUUUAUACAUAUUCCCUGUGAACAGUUGAUGUUUUGCCUUUAGCAAGUAUUCGUCUUUUAUUGUCAACUAAGAGUAUAUGUCGAUACCGUUAUUAUCUUACCGCACAUUCGGUGCUACGACGAUGAUUAUCAUCCAUAUAAAACAGUAAUGUCAAACUAUCCUAUGUGGACACUGGGGUCAGAACCAACUGAACUCGGUGAUGUUUUCACUAAGUGCCUCUUACUUUUGUGACGUCACAAUUUUUGUGAUGAUAUGGUUCAGAGUGAAACCUAUAGCAUAUCGCAGCAGCCUUAAGUAUGAUUAGAUCUGUUCAGUAUUAUGGAACCAAAAAGAAGUUAGAUUAUUAUCAACAUGUAUUUAUACAUUCUAUGUAAAAGUUGUUACAUGUGUAUUAUGCAGAGUGUGCUUAUAAACGCAAAUGCAAUACAUUUAGUUACAUACGGAUCUAGUUUAAUUAUAUGAAGUGUUCAUUGUUACUACAAUCGAUAAGUUAAGAACUGGUUACAUCGUGUUUGAAGAUUUAGAUUUGUUUAACAACACGUACUAAAAUAUAAUCAAAAAUCAUAUAUGAUAUAUCGUUUAUGAUAAUAGAUGUUUGACCUAUAUCUACAUUGCGUCAUUGCAUAAACAUCUGCUGUACUGUAAAUUUGGAGAUCACGGUCUGUGUUGACCAUUUACAGUAUUCGAUAAAAUUCCCAUUCUAACAUUAUCGUAUUUUUACAUACAAUGUAAUUAUCUAAACAUUCUCUUUUCGGACAACGUGGUUGCCUUAACAUCAUAUUCCUUUCGGAUUUUGUUUUUGUGAUAUAAUUAUUAUUCACAAUUCGAACUAAUUGGUGCUAUAUAUUAUCUUUCAUCAAAACGGCCCAGUUGGUGACAGGUGAAUUAUUCGUCAUUUGUAACAUUUAUGUGUCAUAUAAUGAAGAUGUUAAUGUUUGGAUUGCAUGUGAAGAAAUAUCCGAGUCUAGCUCGUCGGAAGCGAUUUUUUAACGAGCUGAUAUGGAUUUGUAACAUUUACAUAAGUAAUAGUAUGUUAUAAAUCUCCAUGGAAACAGAGCAGACAUAAAAAAGAUCAAUCCCCGGUAUCACGAAAACGUAUAAUAAAUCAACCAUAAUUAUUCAAUAUUCGGCGUCUUUCUGGUGCUAUUAUCACUUAACGUCUUUUGAGUCUUAUGUGUCCAAACUUAUACUAUUACCUGAUAUAUAAAUAUUAUAAUUCGCCCUCAUCUCUUACUUACAUUAUAACCACGCUGUUUAGGUGGUUAUUAUCAUAGCAAUCUGUAUGUAUCUACUAAUCAGCAGUUUAAUAUCAAAUGUUUUAACAAUAGCCCGUUAUAAGAUAAACAUAUUUUUAUUUAGUAGUUUUAUAAUUUAUUAUCUACAUAUAUACAAAAGUGUACUUGUAUUUGUUGAUUACACAAACUCUUUAUUCUACAAAUUGAACUAUUUUUGAUUUAUCGCAUAUUAUAUCGUUAACGAGAUGUGAUGAUAUUUCCAUCUUGUAAAUAUAUGCUAUAUCCUUUACUGACCCUCCAUAUCUUACAUAGAGCCAUAACGUUUAAGCAAUAUGUUUUCAUUUAAAAUACUAGUAUGCUUGUACUACUGUUUUGUUGAACUUACAUAAUGCGAAACACCAAAAGAAUGUAUCAGAAAUUCAUUUUUUUUUUCGGUUUUAUUUCUUUGUAAUGGAAUGUUUCUUUAACGUGAUGAAUUAUUUACACAUGCUUUGUCCGUUUCAAGAUUAUUCUAUUUCAGGAAUCUGUCAGAUACGUAUGAUUGACUUUGAGGUAUACGUAUAGUCUACAUAUUGAUCAAUUGUUUCCUGUGUACAUUAAGAUGUCAUAGUGAAUAAAUAUAUACCUGUACAA